GAUGACCCUCCAUACUUGCUUUACGAUUAACGACACUUGAAUCCCACAAUCCUCCAAACAAUAAUCCAGUUUUCUCCCUCUUUUAGUUAUUUAAUACAAUUAUUUGCUAUGCAUAUUUGAGCCUAAAAUUGUGAAUCUCCGAUCGCAACAAUGGCCGGCUCGGACUCUGCAGUGGAGGAGACCAAGCAGUCUCUAAUGCAAAAAGCUCGAGCAUGGGGAGAGAAUCCUUUCCCCCCGACACUCCUCGCAACUCUCAUUACCGCACAGUACGGGCGUCCCUUCCAAGCACUGCCGAUGCUCUUCCCACCCGUCCUCCUAUUCACAAGCUAUGCCAAUCUCCAAGGGUUUAAGACCGAUAGUGCAGGGAUUAGUGCUGCCUGGUCGGGGCUCUAUCUGCUACUCGCCGGUCGACGCCGCCAACCAUUCAUGAAAAAAUGGGGUGCCCGCGGCAUCAUUCGCGGCAUGACCAUGGGACUUUGUCUGGCCAACAUGGUCGGCGGCGGGCUUGCGUAUACUUUGGGCAAGAGGGAAGAAGAGGAAGACGACGAAUAAAAAAAAAAGCCUUUGCGCCGUGAUGUCUGGAGGUGUACGACAAUGCCGGGGUGGUUCUAUGCUACUAUGACUUCAUUGAAAUGCAGUGCGGGCGUUGUGACGGUAUGGUGUUUCGGUUGAAUAUUAAGAAAAGUUUUCA